AUGAAAGACAGAUGUCAGCAUUGUGGUUGUGAUAAUUCAAGCCAUACAACCCUUAGUAAAUCACCAAAUAGUAAAUCUUCAAUAUCACCUGGUGGUAGUCAAUGUAUAAAUCAACAGCAACAACAACAACAACAGCAGCAACAACAGCAACAACAGCAGCAACAACCACCAACAGUAAAAUGGAGAAAGAUUCUAUAUGAACAACAAGCAUUCCCAGAUAACCAUACAGACGAAACAUUCUUAAUAGAACUUAUACAAAAUGCAAACUUUAUAAAAUAUGAUUUCUGGAAGAUUGUAAUAGAUAGUUUUACAGUUACACAACAGAUUACAUGUGUCAUUCUAUUCGUGAUUGUAUUCUUUCAUUCACUAAAGCAUACACUUACACUUAGAUUCUUGGUGAGUCUAGCAAUGGUUCUUUUAGUAUUAGGAUAUAUAGUUAUUAUCAUUAUAGAUCCAACCUCUGAUUAUAGUAUUUUACAUGUUAUAUUAUUAUUUGGUACAGUUUACGCAUUAUCACCGGUGUUAAGAACAUUGACAAAUUCAUUUAGUGAUGAUACGAUAUGGGCGCUAACCUUUAUUCUACUGCUGGCGCACCUAUUCUUUCAUGACUAUGGUUAUACGAAUAAUGAAUCAACGAAAUUCUCAGCACCGAUAUCUCUUAAUGCCGCUAUAUUCGCUUCAGUACUUCUAGGAUCUAGAUUACCUUCAAACAUUCAUGUAUUUGUUUUGAUUACAUAUUCAAUACAAACGUUUGCUCUUUUCCCAAUUGCAAGACAUCAUAUAAAGCGUCACUCAUUAGAAUUACAUGUAGGAUUAACAGUUAUAUUAUGUAUAACAUGUAGUUUAUUACUUUUAGGUAUGAGUACAUUACUUUCGUUUUUUUACAUUGGUAUUGUAAUGACUAUCACAUUUAUAUGUCCAUUAUGGUUAAUAUUCAUUCAAAAAUAUAAAAAUGAGAUCAAUGGUCCAUGGGAUGAAGCAUCAGUUAUAUCUCAAAGUGGUGAGAUAUUUUAUUUUACCUAUAGAGUUAUCUUUCAUUUUUUUUCGAGUUACAAUCAAAUCUCAAUUUGUAUUUCUUUUCCAAACACCAACAACUAUGAUAAGACAACUCUAUCUUUAUCAUUUCUAUUAUUAUUGAUUUCAUUUUUAAGUUGUAAUGCCACUCCAAGAGUAGUUUCAUCACAAGCACCACCAACCACUUUAAAGUCCAUGACAAAAAGGUCUAUGGCUAAAAUUUCUCAGUCCUCAUGA